CAUAAAUCGGCACACCGACUCUUCAAACUUCGAGGUUUCCCCAUCAACGCGGAAGUCUGCCGCAAUUAACCCGGAUGGCAGACAAGAAGUGCUCGGAUUGGCUGACUAUCGGUCAGCAUGUCAGCCCUAGCAGCAGGGCGAAAUCCACGUAGCUAAUCCCACAUAUACUUGCGAGGGGAAGCUGGCCUGGAUGCUGCCUUGCUGAACAUAAAGAGUUUCACUUUCCUCUGUGGCGAUACUGUAUUGUAUAGUUGCUUCACGCCUGUGAGCUCUACACGUACUAAGAACUUGCAUCUUUCGUGAGAGACCACGCUCUGUCCUCAUUUUGUUGUGCCGUCAACAUGGGCAUCUCAACAGUUGUAGGAGCUAUCGGGCUCCUGGCAGCGAUUGGGGUCUUUCUGAGCAAUUUUUUGCGCAUCAAAGUGGACCCGCGAGAGCCACCUGUUGUCCAUCCAUCGAUACCACUUCUCGGACAUAUCAUUGGUAUGCUCACAGAGGGGCCAUUGUACCUCAAAAAGAUCAGUGAAAAAUGUAAACAACCAAUAUUCACCAUGCCCAUGCUAAACGACCGCACUUAUGUCGUAACAUCUCCCCCGCUUGCCAUGGCGGUCCAACGUGCCGCAGCAACCCUCGAUUUCGAUCAGCUGGUAGUCGAAAUGACUCCUCGUAUGUUUGGUUUGAGCGCCGAAACAAAACACAUACUACAAGAUCCUACAGCUAAACAGGAGGGAAGAGAGCGGAUGGUUACUCGAUCACACUACAUCAUAACUCCAGCUUUAGGACCGCAAAAAGUACGAGAGAUCGCGGAAACUCAGUUGAACUUGUUCGGCAAACAGAUAAGCGACAUCGAAGACGGAAUGGAAACAGAGCUGUUUCGAUACAUUACGAGAGGAUUAACCAAAACGUCAAUGCAAACGUUCUACGGACCUGAGAACCCAUUUGCUCUACAUCCUGAACUGGUAGAAAGUUUCUGGGACUGGGAGACUGGAGCCGUAGCAUAUAUGGUUAACGUCCUUCCCAAAAUCACAGCUCGUAAAGCUUACUACGGACUCGAAGCCUGUGUCAAGGGUUUUGUCGAAUAUUUUGAGAAUGGACGAGGAAACCAAGCGCUCACGAUGCUCCAAGACAGGAAGAAAAUGCACGAGGACGAAGGCAUCUCCCUAUAUGAGCACUGUCGAUUGGAGAUGGCUUUCUCUUUCGCCAUCAGUUCAAACGCUGGAAUUACCUCGUUCUGGGUAGUCAACAACAUCUUCAGCCGUCCCGAGCUCGUGUCGCAAAUCCGCGAAGAAAUUUCCGCCAACGCUCUCGUAGCCCCCGGUACCAUCUCUGCCUCCAGGUUGAAGGAUUCGUGUCCACUUCUCAGUUCGGUGUAUCGCGAGACCAUGCGCAUAACUGCACCUAUGGCAUCUGCGCGGUUCGUUCUCGAAGACACUAUUCUCGCAGACACAUAUCUCUUGCGUAAGAACACCACGGUUCAGAUCGCUGGUGGUGUUAUGCACGCUGAUGGUGAUAUCUGGGGUCCUGAUGUCUCAUCCUUCAACGCACGCCGCUUCAUGCAUAACCUCAACGGCUCGAAAUCCAAUGCUGACGGUAGCGUCCCCGAGGGAAAGGCGAACGCGAUACACCCAGCGGCCUUCAGGGCCUUUGGCGGUGGCUCAAGUCUCUGCCCGGGAAGACAUUUUGCGCAGGCGGAGAUUUCGGGUUUGGUAGCACUCUUGGUGUUGGGAUUUGAUCUGCUGCCCGUCGAGGGGGCACAGAAGGUGCAAUGGGAUCCGCCAAGGGAUGAUAAGAGGUUUCCACUUUCAGUGACGAAGCCGCUGAGGGAGGUGAGGGUCAAAAUGCAGAGGAGAAAGGGGAUGGAAGAUGUAAAAUGGGUAUUUACACAGUAAAUGUACGCUUGGUUUCGAAUGCGGUGGUGCGGCCCUGACGGCGCUUCGGGUCACUUGCUCGAGUGGUAUAGUAUCUGGGCACAUUUGGCGACCAUUCGAUACCAAUAAACCUUGUGUGGCUGCAACCCAUUAGAAGUCUCAAGCUGUGACCCGUUGGUCGGGCUUCCUCAUGGAGCGUGAACAAACCUGCUGAUCAAGUCAUACAUCAGGACUGACGACACCAGUCUUGAUCGUU